AUGAAAGUCACUAAAUCAACAAAUUAUAAAAGAAGAGAAAUGAAACAACUAGACAUGGUUUAUUUGAUGAAAGUAGCACUUCAUGUUAAAGACAUGAAUGACAUCAAAAACAUUGAAAUGAUUAACAAGAAAUGUGGAGUUGCAAUUCACUCAUUGAAAGUUAAUCCAUGGUUUACAUCAGAAAGAGAUGUUAAUCAAUUUUGUAGAAUAUUUAAUCCACCAACAUGUAAUUGUACUUUACUUCCAGUUGAUGAGUCAAUAUUAAUGAAAGUUGAGAAUAUCAGAAAUUAUAUUUUUGAUAGUUUUGUAUUUUCAACAACAUGA